AUGCAAAUUUCAAUAACAUCUGCAGGUGGUAUUUUGUCUUUGUUGGAUGAACAAAACGAAAAUUCAAAAAUAUAUGCAUUGAAUAAAUUAAACACAUUAGUUGAUGUAUUUUGGGCUGAAAUUGCCGAUUCAGUUGCAAAAGUUGAAUCGUUGUAUGAAGAAGAAACGUUUAAACAUCGAGAAUUGGCCGCACUCGUUUCGUCUAAAGUUUAUUAUCAUCUUGGCUCAUUUGACAAUGCUUUAUCUUAUGCACUUGGUGCUGGAAGCUUGUUUAAUGUUAAUGAUAAAACAGAAUAUGUAGAAACAAUUAUUUCUCAUUGUAUCGAUAAAUACACAAAGUUUCAAGUGGAAAAAUUUCAAAAUGAACAAUCAUCCAUGCAUGUUGAUCAACGUCUAGAAAAUAUUGUCAAUAGAAUGUUUCAACGGUGUUUCGAUGAUAAAAAAUAUAAACAAGCAAUUGGUAUCGCACUUGAAACGCGGCGAAUCGAUAUAUUUGAAAAAGCAAUUAAAGAAUCAAGUAAUACUAAUGAUAUAUUAUCUUACGCAUUUAAAAUUACUAUGCAAUUAUUACAAAAUCGAAAAUUUCGUACGGUUGUAUUGCAGACAUUAGUGAAAUUAUACUUAAAUCUUCACGUACCGGAUUUUAUUAAUGUUUGUCAAUGUUUAAUAUUUUUGGAUGAUCCCGAUGCUGUCGCUGAUAUUUUACAAAAGUUAGUACGAGGUACAACCGAUCAAAUGUUAAUGGCUUAUCAAAUUGGUUUUGAUUUAUAUGAGAGUGCCACACAACAAUUUUUAAAUAAAAUUCAAGAUUCAUUAAGAGUACAAGCACCAAUUCCAAUUAUUGUUGAGAAAAAAGACGAACAACAAAUAUCGUCUACCUCAAAUCAAACCGAAGCCAUGGAAACAAAUCAAGAUGAACGAGUAACAUCUCCAACAACGGCAAAAGAUGCGGGUACAUCUAUGAUACAACCUACGAAAGACCCAAAAACACUUCAACAAGAACAUAAAGAAAAAGUGGAUAGUUUGCCUCAAGAGCAAAAACAGCUCCAAGAACGUAUAGAAAAAAUGCUAAUAAUUUUAAGUGGUGAUAUAACAAUUGGCUUACAUAUGCAAUUUUUAAUUAAAAAUAACCAUGCUGAUCUUCUUAUUCUCAAACAAGUUAAAGAUGCAGUUCGAAAUUCCAUAUGUCAUACAGCAACAGUGAUAGCUAAUGGAUAUAUGCUUUGUGGAACAACAAGUGAUCAAUUUUUCAGAGAUAAUCUUGAAUGGUUGGCACGAGCAACGAAUUGGGCUAAGUUCACAGCAGCAGCAAGUUUGGGUGUUAUCCAUAAGGGUCAUAUUAAAGAAGCAUUGAAUUUAAUGAGUGCCUAUUUGCCAAAAGACUCGAUGGGUAAUUCUCCAUUUGCUGAAGGCGGUGGUCUCUAUGCACUUGGCUUGAUUCAUGCUAAUCAUGGCGGAGACAUUAUGGACUAUCUAUUAAACCAAUUACGUUCGACACAAGCACCUCAGACAGAUACUGUUCGACAUGGUGCAUGUUUGGGAUUGGGUUUAGCUGCAAUGGGCACAGCACGUAGUGAUAUCUAUGAAUUAUUGAAAACAAAUUUAUUCUUAGAAGAUGCUGUGACGGGGGAAGCUGCUGGUAUCGCCAUGGGUUUAGUUAUGCUAGGCACUGGGUCAGCCCAAGCUAUUGACGAUAUGGUUCAAUAUGCUCAAGAGACGCAACAUGAAAAAAUUUUACGUGGUUUAGCAAUUGGCAUUGCUCUUGUUCAGUAUGGUCGUUUAGAAGAAGCUGAUGAGCUCAUUGAAAAAUUAAAUCAGGAUAAAGAUCCAAUUCUAAGACGUUCAGCAAUGUAUACUGUUGGCAUGGCUUAUUGUGGAACGGGAAAUAAUACAGCUAUUCGUAAAUUAUUGCAUGUAGCGGUCAGUGAUGUUAAUAACGAUGUGAGACGAUCCGCCGUUGAAUCACUUGGAUUUCUAAUGUUUCGUAAAUUUUUGGAAAGAAAAUUUGGAAAAUCAGCUCGUAUACCACAAUGUUGA